AUGGUGGACACGAGUGCUACCCAUAACUUUAUUGCUGACCGAGAGCCAAAGCGACUUGGGCUGAUCUUGGAGAAGAACCUAAGAGGAAUGAAGGCGGUGAACUCGGAGGCCAAGCAAAUCUCCGGGUUAGCAAAGGGAGUUCCUAUCAAGAUCGGAACAUGGAACGAGGGUACUAACAUGAUGGCGAUGCCAUUGGAUGACUUCCAACUAGAGCCACUUGACGAGAAGGCCAUUCAUGAACUUGCUGUGGUGGCAAACGUUCUGAAGGAGUUCAUAGACGUUAUUCCACUCGAGUUGCCGAAGACUCUACUGCCACAUAGAGGCGUGGAUCAUCAUAUCGAGCUAGAGCCAAGAGUGAAGCCUCCAACAAGACCACCCUAUCGCAUGCCCCCUCCAAAGUUAGCAGAGCUUAGAAAGCAGUUAGAUGAACUACUAAGUGGUGGUCUCAUUCAUAGUUCCAAAGCACCUUUCGGAGCUUCAGUUCUUUCCCAAAAGAAACAAGAUGGGAGCCUUUAA